ACCCUCUUUGGUCAGCAGCUACCUUAGAAUUUCCAAUUGGGGAAAGCAAUUUUUUUAUUUUUUUUAAAGGUAAGAUCAAAGAUGAAGAAGCGAUUAAAAGAAGCUGGGGGCUAGCUAACCGCCGGCUAUGGCAGGUACAAUGAAUCCAGACCGAACCGCCGGCUUUAGUGGACAAGGCACGAACCUGAGUCGUAAUCCUGUCCAAAUUCGCUGUUUCUGUUCCACGCAACAGCUCCCUCUUCACCGUCACCAUUAAUAAAGCUUCCCAGCAGACCCCCCUCAAGGUUUCUUCUCCGUCAUUCCAACUUCCCCACCUCUAGCUGCUGUUGUGGAUCCACAGAGAGAGAGAGAGAGAGGGUGGAAAUAUGGUGAAGGUGAAGACGUUGUUGGAAGACCUGAUAGAGAAGGCUGGAGGAUGUGCUGUGGUCGACGGAGGACUCGCCACCCAGCUAGAGAAACACGGGGCCGCCAUUAACGACCCUCUAUGGAGCGCCCUUUGCUUGAUCGAAAAUCCUGACCUAAUCAAACGGGUUCACAUGGAAUACUUGGAGGCUGGGGCAGAUAUACUUGUGACUUCCUCCUACCAGGCGACUCUUCCUGGAUUUCAGUCCAAGGGACUGUCCAUUGAAGAAGGAGAGUUGUUACUAAAAAGGAGCGUUAAAUUGGCUCUUGAAGCCCGUGAUACAUUCUGUGAGGUCAUGAAAAAAAUUCCUGAGCAAGGGUAUAACCGGCCAUUGGUUGCAGCCUCCAUUGGAAGCUAUGGAGCUUAUCUUGCUAAUGGUUCAGAGUACAGUGGAUUUUACGGAACAGAUGUGAAUUUGGAUAAGCUGAAAGAUUUCCAUCGGCACAGAUUGCAAGUUCUUGUAGAAGCUGGUCCAGAUAUGCUGGCAUUUGAGACCAUUCCGAAUAAGCUUGAAACUCAGGCCUGUGUUGAGUUGCUUGAAGAAGAAAAUGUCCAGAUUCCAUCUUGGAUAUGCUUCAGUUGUGUAGAUGGUGUGAAUACCCCCUCAGGGGAGAGCUUUAGGGAGUGCCUUGAUAUAAUAAACAAGAGCAGAAGAGUGUGCGCAGUUGGAAUAAACUGUGCUCCACCCCAUUUUAUUGAAAGCCUCAUUGCCAAGUUUACUGAGUUGACAGAAAAGGCCAUAGUUGUGUACCCCAAUAGUGGCGAAGUGUGGGAUGGCAGAGCCAAGAGAUGGCUGCCAUCAAAGUGCUUCGGUGAUAGCAACUUUGAGUUGUUUGCCACAAGAUGGCGAGAUUCAGGAGCUAAACUCAUUGGAGGCUGUUGUCGGACGACACCCUCAACCAUUGCAUCCAUUUCGAAGGUUCUAAAAGGAAGGCCCUAAGCUUUCACCUUUUUGAGCACUACCAAUAGCUCACCGAUUUCUCAUUCGUUUCUUUCCCCGUUAUAGAAGAUUUUGGGUGGUGGUGUAUUGGUUCAAGAAAAUGAAAUAAUACAUUGGUUCCCAUUUUCCUGCUU